AGUUGCGUCUCCAUCUGGCUGCCAACCCACCCAAGCUUUCUUCUCCUCCACCGCCGCCACCUCCCCUCCUUCCCCCCGCUCCUUCCCCUCCUCUCCGUCUUCCCUCCCCACCCCCGCCCCCAAUCUCCUCCUCUUUUUCUCACUAAAAACGGUUGCUGCCGCUGGAGCCGAGCGUCACUUGGGCUCCCACCGCAGACAUGGCGACACUGACAGUGGUCCAGCCGCUCACUCUGGACAGAGAUGUUGCCAGAGCAAUUGAAUUACUGGAAAAACUACAGGAAUCUGGAGAAGUCCCAGUGCACAAGCUACAAUCCCUUAAGAAAGUGCUUCAGAGUGAGUUCUGUACUGCUAUUCGAGAGGUGUAUCAAUAUAUGCAUGAAACGAUAACUGUUAAUGGCUGUCCCGAAUUCCGUGCCAGGGCCACAGCAAAGGCAACAGUUGCAGCUUUUGCUGCUAGUGAAGGCCACUCCCACCCUCGGGUAGUCGAACUGCCAAAGACUGAUGAAGGCCUUGGUUUUAACGUGAUGGGAGGAAAGGAGCAAAAUUCCCCCAUUUAUAUCUCUCGCAUCAUUCCUGGAGGGGUGGCCGAAAGACAUGGAGGCCUCAAAAGAGGAGACCAGCUGCUAUCAGUGAAUGGAGUGAGUGUGGAAGGCGAACACCAUGAGAAAGCUGUGGAACUACUCAAGGCUGCUAAGGACAGCGUCAAGCUGGUGGUGCGAUACACCCCGAAAGUCCUGGAAGAAAUGGAGGCUCGCUUUGAGAAGCUGCGGACAGCGCGGCGUCGGCAGCAGCAGCAACUGCUAAUUCAGCAGCAGCAGCAACAGCAGCAGCAACAAGCACAGCAAAACCACAUGUCAUAGGUCCUUGAAGUAAAGCUACUUGAUCAAACAUCCGAUAGUCACAAAUUUGAAACCGUACGUCUGAAUCCCAGCACAUAGUAAAAAGAGAAGACAACACUGAUCAUUAUACCUGUCAAGAAGCUGUGAACGCGUGGUGUGUAAAUUCUUUACCAAGGCAACUCGACACCUUCUUUAUCUGGGCUGCCCCCGGGCUGCCCGCUGCUCUUCACACACACAGACCUUCCAUUCACUGCAGUGGGAAUCCUCUGUGUGCCCAUGGAGAGGUUUUCCAGUCUGCAGACUGAAACAGUGUAAGAAUAAAGUCCAUGACUUUCAGAUUAAUCACCAGGG